AUGGCAUUUCAAUGGCAAAUGAGUGUUGGACUAAGUGAUGAUGACAUGCUGUUUUCCUGUUCAGUAUGGAGGCCCCAAGGGAAGACUUACUUGUUUUUCACCCAGUUCAAAGCCGAAAUAAAAGGAGCCAAGAUUGAGUACACCACCGCAUAUUCCCAGACAGACGUGGGUGGACAGAGGGAUGUUGCUUUGAAAGAAGAAGAGUACAUUGUGUCAGAGUCCACAGUGACCCACAAAGAUAGAAAAUUCCGUUCCGAGCUCUCAAAGCUCACUGUCAUUGGUCGGACACGCCACAAUGAACUCUGAUUGGCUGACCCUUGAAAGGAUUGUUCAAUCCUCUGAUUGGCUGACCACUGAAAGGAUUGUUCAAUCCUCUGGUUGGCUGAUCCUUGAAAGGAUUGUCCAAUCAUCCGAUUGUCUGACCACUGAAAGGAUUGUCCAAUCCUCUGAUUGUCUGACCAUUGAAAGGAUUGUCCAAUCCUCUGAUUGGCUGAUCCUUGAAAGGAUUGUCCAAUCGCACAAGGACAUUGGUCGUUUGACAGCUAUUGAAGCUCUGCCACUUAACUGUUCAUAGGUCAAGUGAAGGAAGUUAAGCAACACAAAGUGUCGGAAGACGGCACUUCCUGCGACAAAUAGCACAGAGAUUUUUCAUGAAGCUUCUGUAGAGACCUUUGGAUGAAUGUACUGGAUUGAUCAUAUGACUUAUGUAAACAAAAAAAUAUAUUAAUGAAGAUGAAUAAAGGAAAAAUAUCAGUAAAAAAAUAUAGAUAUAUCUACGUUUAUUCCUAAUUUCCAAUUAGGAAGUGAGGUAAUAUGAAGGCUUCUUAUUGAAAUAAUGUCAGAAAUAAUCUCAGAACAGUAGUUCGAUUUCUCUUCCUGGCAGGAUUUUGUGUUUAGGGUUAUUAUCCUAA